CCAAAAAGCAUGAAUUCAGAGGAGGCGCAAUAAAGAAUGUCCUCAAAUCGGUGCUCGAAUAAAGAAAACAUGCAGCUCACUGUAUUUAUGUUCUGUAACAAAAACUAAAUAUGUUGGCCGCUUCUGUUUGCUUAAGUUGAAAGGAAAUAUGCAGAAAGGGAACCUGAAUGAUCAACUUUCACUUUGAAUGAGCAGAACAAACAUGGCCAUGUUAUCAUAACAUUAGAUUUCUGUUUGUCUUAGUCAAGCCAAUUUUAACACCAUUAACUGAACUUUGUGCAAACUCCCAGUUACCACUUAUGCUUGAGUGUCUAUUUCAGUGUUUUCUGCAGCGUUUUAAGUCAUAAACUACUUACUGUAAUGAUGCCAUUGACAAAAUGUUCUUGCUUAAACUCAGGGUUCUUCACACAUACAGCAACAUACUACCAAGUAUAUGACUAUGAGUACAGAUGAACUGCUAUGCCCCUAAUCACUACAGCUGAAUCCUGCCAAGAUAGUCCCUACUUAACAACAAACACUGAGCUGCACUCCACCCAGUCCCUCUCCACCACUGGCUUCAAGUUAGGUGCAGCUGCAGCUGCAGCCUCCGGUUACACCCUCUCCACCCUCCCAGCGUCCCCACUUGCAGGAUGGAGCAGACAGCUGGAGGAUUCUGAUAAUACUCCUUGUGUGCGCUCGCUUCUCCAGUUUGGUCUUUAAACUCUGAAGAACGUCCGCCUCGCGAAGUGAACAGGGGAAACUUUAUCAACAUGUCUAUCCGGAGGUUCUGGAGCAGCCCGAAAACACUGGGAGACGUUAACGUUGUGACAGAAGAGCUGAAGAAUCUUUACUACAAGAGGCUGCUGCCUAUUGAGAAGCACUACUCCUUUCAUCACUUUCAUUCCCCAAGUUACGAGGAUGCGGACUUUGACAACAAGCCAAUGGUUCUGGUAAUGGGUCAGUACUCGACGGGAAAGACGACUUUCAUCAGGUAUUUGCUCGAGGAAGAGUUCCCUGGCAGCAGAGUUGGGCCAGAGCCGACCACUGACUGCUUCACUGCACUCAUGUACGGAGAAGAGGAGCGAGUCACCCCUGGGAACGCCAUCACGGUGGAUCCCAAGAAACCCUUUCGCAACCUUGAUCCUUUCGGAAAUUCUUUCCUGAACAGAUUCCAGUGUGUGCAGAUGCCAAAUCCAGUCCUAGAGAGGAUCAGCAUAAUUGACACGCCUGGGAUCUUGACUGCUGCUAAGCGAAAACUUAGCCGAGGCUAUGACUUCCAAGCAGUACUGCGCUGGUUUGCAGAGCGUGUGGAUCGAAUCAUCCUGCUAUUCGACGCACACAAACUGGAGUUCUCCGAUGAGCUCACCAGGGCCUUUGGAGCUCUGUACGGCUACGAGGACAAGCUGCGCGUGGUUCUCAACAAAGCUGACAGGGUGGACUCGCAACAGCUCAUGAGAGUGUAUGGCGCCCUCAUGUGGUCGCUGGGGAAAGUGUUCCGAACCCCGGAAAUCUUACGGAUUUACAUCGGGUCGUUCUGGUCAGAGCCGAGGCAGAGGUGCGACCACUACAACCUGAUAGAGCUGGAGGAAGAGGAUCUGCUAACGGACAUAAGGAACCUACCACGCAACGCCGCAGUGAGAAAGCUGAACGACCUGGUGAAGAGAGCACGUUUAGUCAGGGCUCAUGCACACAUUGUCAGCCAUCUAAAGCAGGAGAUGCCAACAAUCUUUUGCAGGGAAAGCAAGAAGCACAACCUGAUCUAUGAGCUUCCUGUUAUCUUCACCAAGAUUCAGCAACAGCAUCGAGUCCCAGCUGGUGACUUUCCUGACUGCACCAAGAUGCAGGAGAAGCUUUUGGGUCAAGAUUUUUCGAAGUUCAAGACUCUGAAGCCAAGCCUGAUGAACUCCUUGAACAAACUGCUAACCACUGACAUAGCCAGUCUGGUUCCUUUAUUCCAGCAGCAAGAGCAGAGGAAGAAAUCGCUACCUGCCGUGUUGGAUGGUGAAUUUUUGGGAACGUUCCGGCGCGAUCAGUUCAAGGGAGACCCGUUUAAGGAAAUGCUCAAAGAUGAUGAGGUCAGCGAAGCGGAUUCCGACGAAUGGGCUGUGGAGAAAUACAAACCUAAAUAUGAUGAGAUCUUCUACAACCUAAGUCCACACAAUGGCAAACUCAGUGGCACCAAAGUCAAAGAGUGGAUGACGACCACUCAUUUGCCCAAUUCGGUACUUGCUCACAUCUGGAGACUGGCAGAUGUAGACAGGGACGGGAUGCUGGACAACGAGGAAUUUGCGCUGGCAGUCCACCUGAUUGAGGGGAAGCUGGACGGACACUGGCUGCCCAGAGAGCUUCCUUCCCACCUGGUUCCUCCCUCCAAGCGGCUUAGCACAUCAAGCGAUGCACCAGCAUAAUCUACUUGUCAGAAUCAAAAAGACUGAGGAGACAUCACAUGUAUAAUUUGUACAAAAUAUUUUAAGCAAACCUGAUGUCACUGACUGCGAGGCCCAUAAAAGUGUACAGUGUUUUAUAUAUUCACAAACUUAUCACUGUCUAUUCGAGCAGUUAUCAGAUUUUGUUCUCUCUAACAUAAAGUGUGGUACAUUUAUUAAAAACAUUUGUAUUAUUA